AUGAGUGCUAUGAUAGCUCGUAGAGAAGAACCAAGAAAUGCAGGACAAGAAAACAGCUCUUGGAACAAUAGAAAUGGUGGCAAAAUGAAGGAUGGAAGAAACAGUGGAGUUGGUGUUGAGUGUCAAGUGUGUGGAAAGAAGGGACAUAUUGUGGAUACAUGCUUCAAGGUCCAUAAAUGUCAAAUUUGUGGAAAACAUGGGCAUCUCACUAGUACAUGUUAUCAGAAUCCUGAUUACAAACCUCAACAAGGCACUCAAGCUUCAAGCCUCAACAGUGGACCAUCUCCUGAAUAUCAAAUAUGCUCAAAGAAAGGCCACACUGCUGCUAACUGUUUUUAUAGAACUGAUGUUCCUGCUGGACAUCCAUCAUUGUCUAUUCCUACUUGCCAGAUUUGUGGUCUAAAGGGUCAUGUUGCUUUGAACUGUUCUCACAGGACUAACUUUGCAUAUCAAGGUUCUGAACCUCCUGCAUCUCUUGCUGCACUGAUUGCACAGAAUAGUGGAAACCACAGUGGAGUUCCUCAGCAGCCUUAA